AUGCUGAUGGACGUAACGAUGAAGCAAGAUUCGAUGAUGAUGAUGACAGAUUCCAAGUCGCACAAGUCAACCGAUCAAUCCCAAGAAGGAGAAGUACUGGACCUGCAGGAUUUUCAGGCGAGACUGGAAAGCUCGAUAGGAAACAUUCAGGCUAUGGUCGAAUCUUGGCUUCCGAAGGAACUGCAAACUAAGAACUUGCUCUCUUCUGAUCACCCUCAACCCCGUCCUGCUUUUGAUCUUGAUUCUUCUAGACCCAGGAACUCAAAAUUGGGACUAGGCUCUGUGGCACCCAAACAGCCCCCAUCACGUUUAACAACUUCUAAACUCCACAGCCAAUUGACUAAGAAAUCGAAAGACGAUGGCGAAGCUAAGGGUGAAAGAAACGACUCAUCGAAUCCCAAGGAACAGAGUGAUGAAGAUGAAGACAGUCGGACGUCGACCUUGAGCAAGAAACGUGCGGCACCGACCAACGGCUCAUCGUCAUUCUCACUUCUCCAACCGGCUUCGAAAGUCAACAAACUCUCCUCCUCCUCCUCCUCCUUCUCUUCGCCAUCCGCAUCCGCAUCCAUCCAGGACGAUCUAAAACCUCCAACCGGCUCCGAGCCCGCCCCUCCACAGAAACCCAAGACGUCUAUCAACUUCGUCCAAAAUUCCGCCGCUGGCUUAUCCAAACGACAACUUAAAAAAAUGAGGAAGCUUGAAAGAGCUCGGUCACUGGCUGCGAAUAACCCUCCGAAUAACUCAUGACCAUCAAGUCCACCUAAAAACUCCUGCCUCUUUCCUAACAUGCCACACAUAUUCAUCAUACACAUGCAGUAGUCCAAUCGUUCCCGAAAAUGCAAGUAAAUUGAUCUAUGAACCUCUUGGAAA